ACCAAUCUACUUUACUUGCAGUCUGGCGUAAGGUAUUUCCUGGGAAAACAGUCUGGCAGCCUUUCGUGCACAAAACUGCCGUAGGUUUUUGCACAAAUACCGGCGACUUGAAACCAAAACAACGAACAAAACUACAAAAGAUGGCUUUCAGAGUGAUUUGUCUUUGGACACUCAUUGGACUAACAUGUUCAUCAUGGGCGACGACAUCGAAUACCGCACUUCCAAAGGAAUUCCUCGGUAUCUUUCGCAAUCCUCGGGAUAAAGCCAAUCAUGUUAAAGCAAUGUCGACUAUCAUUGACAUGUCGCCAGCAAACCUUACUUCAUCGGAUGGAAAUUUCCUGCAUUUUCAAAAACACGACGGCGGCUACUUGUACUGCGUGGUUUUCUUCGACACCGGCUCCGACUUUGUCAAAGCUUGUGUGCAGUUUAAGCUGGGCGAAAAGCAUACGGUUCCGGUCAGAGACCAACAUUUGGAGGUGUUGUUUGAACUCUCCUCUCCGUCCGGAUCGCUUACGGGAACCAUAAAAAACCUCGACAAGCCCGGCAACCCGACGCUGAAUCUGUUUUUCACUGCCAAGGAUGAAGGCCUUCAAGUUAAAUUCAGCACCGCGGACGGCAGUGAACAUACCGCGUUCUACACCCGGAGUCUAUGGGCGUACAUGCAGGGGGUUUUUUGAAAUCGACCCUGUCCGCACCGGGAGCGAAAACGUCAGCAUAGCGAAUACAAUAUUCCAUUCAUUCGGGGAAAUUUACACAGUAACGAACAGCACGCUUCUGCGGAUUACGAAGAUGUUCGCCGAAGAAGAAGGUUACGGCUACUCCCACUCCCAAGUUUUUCAUCCUGCUUAUCAGAUGGGUGUUUCUUUUGUCCUGAAUAAGAUCUACAGUGCACAUUCGGCGAUGUUCAACGGCACACUAGAACACCAUUUUAGUUUGGAGAAUUCGACACCGUCGUCGGCGCUGCUGACUGGUCGGUUCAAAUUGCCUGACGGAAAAGGCACAUUUACCACCUACAUGUUGUUUGAGGGGAGCAGCGUGCAGCAGACCAUUAAGUUCAACGACAAAGAGACAACCAUAUUUUAUACACGAACCAUUCCAGACUGGUUCUAUGGAGCGUUCGAAGAAGUUGGUGAGCAGGAUUACGCCCGGGAACGUUUUGUCGAUCAUGCGAAGAACCCCGAUAAGCCUUGUCCGGCCAAAAGUGGCGGUCUGCGAUUAAACAUUAGCCGCAGUCCCGACACACGGGAAUUUAUCCUGACCAUGGCGCCAUGCGAGGGAGCUGAACCCGCCGCCAUUCCGUUCAAAUUGAACGGAACGACGGAGUUGAAUGAUUAUAAUCAUUUAUACAGCAGCCUAAAGGCAACAACCUUCAUCAAAUCACGGGGAAGCUUGCUCGUUGAUCUGACUUAUACUCCGCGCAAUUCAGUAUCCGAGGCGCAAAAGGUUUCGCUCGAUUUGACCAUGGCUCCCUUCGAUCCUUCGACGGGCAUAAGUUGUGUUGCGUUCGAUGGCCGAUCAACGCGAGCUAUCCGAAUGCGGCGCCUGUUCUCCCCGUUAAUGUUUGGAAAAUUUGAAAAUGCGGAAACGCCAACGACUGUGCUGCAAAUCGCGCCGGUCAACAGUACACACUUUACCCAGACAAUUACAUUGAGGGAUUCUGUCACGAAGGAGUCAUUUGCUUUUAAUACGCCGACAAAAGUGUUGUUAGAAGGGGCAAACCAUCCGCUUAUACGCCAUUAUUUCGAGCACAGCGGAAACGGCAGACCUACGCUGAUGACGUUAACUUUCCACCCACCGCCUCCUGGGGCAGUGGUGGGCAAGCUGAGGCAUGCCAACGUGAAAGUUUUCCGGGCCGAAGGAGUGGACGUCUACCAGAAUGCAAUUGACACACACAAACAUUCGCAGCAGUUUUACGCUCGUAAAUCGAGUUGACAAUAAAAUAAAUAAAAUCAGGCAGUGAAAUAUACCGAACUAGGAAACUU